AAUCCAUAUAAUCAUGGCUUUGGCUGAAAUUUGCAAUAUCUCCGAUGCCCCAUAUAUGAAACUGCGCAAUUUCACAACAUCCGAUUUGGAACAGGAAUCGCAACGUUAUGUUUCCAAUCUUGUGAAUCCAUACGUCUUGCAAGCACCGCCAUUCGAAAAUCCCAUUGAAAAUCUCAACAAAAUCCAAGCAUGCAGUGACAAGUCGGGCAUCAAAAUUGAAUUCGAUCAUGGUACCACAACAUUGGGUUUCAAAUACAAGGGUGGUGUCAUUUUGGCUGUCGAUUCUCGUGCCACUGGUGGUCAAUUCAUUGGUUCGCAGACCAUGAAGAAAAUUGUCGAAAUCAACCAAUUCCUGUUGGGUACAUUGGCUGGUGGUGCUGCCGAUUGUGUGUACUGGGAUCGUGUAUUGGCCAAGGAAUGCCGUCUACAUGAGCUGAGGAAUAAAGAACGUAUCUCUGUUGCAGCUGCCAGUAAAAUUAUGGCCAAUAUUGCCCAUGAAUAUAAGGGAAUGGGUUUGAGUAUGGGCAUGAUGUUGGCUGGCUACGACAAGAGAGGCCCUGGUCUAUACUAUGUUGAUUCUGAAGGUUCCCGCACACCCGGUAAUGUAUUCUCCGUGGGCAGUGGUUCCAUUUAUGCUUUUGGUGUCUUGGAUUCUGGCUAUCAUUGGGAUUUGGAGGACGUAGAGGCUCAAGAAUUGGGUCGUCGUGCCAUUUAUCAUGCCACCUACCGUGAUGCCUACUCGGGUGGUAUUGUGCGAGUCUAUCACAUGACACCCAAUGGCUGGAUCAACAUCUCCAAUACUGAUUGCAUGGAAUUGCAUUAUAAAUACGCAGAGGAAAAGAAGAAUAUUAAACACUAAUUAUAAGAUAUCCAUUUUUUCGCAGAAUUAAAUUCUUGUAACUAAUA